CUCACCUAAAGGCUUAAACCCUAACCCAGACCCUCCCUUUCCUUCCUCUUCCCACUCCUUUUUCUUCUCCGCCUCCUCUUCUCGCACAAACGCAGGCAGAAACAGAGGAAGUUUAAGAAUGAUUCUGUUGUUUGAAACUCCGGCGGGUUUCGCGCUCUUCAAGGUUUUGGAUGAAAAGAAGCUCAACAAAGUUGAGGACCUGUGGAAGGAGUUUUCCAGUGCUGAGACAGCUAGACAGGUGGUGAAGCUGAAAGCAUUUUCCAAGUUUGAGAAUACGGCAGAAGCUUUGGAAGCAGCGACCCUAUUGAUUGAUAGCAAACCCAGCAAGGGAUUGCGGAAGUUCUUGCGGGCACACUGCAGUGGUGAAACAUUGGCUGUGGCUGAUUCAAAGCUUGGGAACAUCAUUAAGGACAAACUAAAAAUAGAAUGCGUCCACAGCCAGGCUGUUAUGGAGUUGAUGAGAGGUGUAAGACAUCAGAUGACCGAGCUCAUAUCCGGCCUCGGCGUUCAAGAUUUUGCACCAAUGAGUUUGGGUUUAUCUCAUAGCUUAUCUAGAUACAAGCUGAAGUUCAGUGCUGAUAAGGUGGAUACGAUGAUCAUUCAGGCCAUUGGGUUGCUUGAUGACCUUGAUAAAGAGCUGAAUACAUAUGCAAUGAGGGUUCGAGAAUGGUAUGGUUGGCAUUUUCCUGAGUUGACUAAGAUUGUCGCAGAUAACAUCCAUUAUGCCAAGACUGUGAAGCUCAUGGGUGACCGGGUUAAUGCUGCAAAGCUUGAUUUUUCUGAGAUACUGUCAGAUGAGGUUGAGACAGAAUUAAAGGAAGCUGCUAUGAUAUCAAUGGGAACUGAAAUUAGUGACCUUGAUUUGGUUAAUAUCAAAGAACUCUGUGACCAGGUUCUCUCUCUUUCUGAGUACAGAGCUCAGCUCUAUGAAUAUUUAAAAAACAGGAUGAACAUGAUCGCACCAAAUUUGACUGUCCUUGUUGGGGAGCUUGUUGGUGCUCGCCUCAUUGCUCAUGGGGGCAGUUUACUGAAUCUUUCAAAGCAGCCUGGUAGCACGAUUCAGAUUCUUGGUGCUGAAAAGGCUCUCUUCAGAGCAUUGAAAACUAAGCAUGCUACUCCCAAAUAUGGGCUUAUCUACCAUGCCUCAUUGGUUGGUCAGGCACCACCAAAGUUUAAGGGGAAGAUUUCUCGGUCACUUGCUGCGAAAACUGCAUUAGCAAUUAGAUAUGAUGCGCUUGGAGAUAGUCAAGAUAAUUCCUUGGGCCUGGAGAACCGAGCAAAGGUUGAGGCACGUUUAAGGAAUCUUGAAGGUAGAGAAUUGGGUCGCUUUUCGGGGUCAGCUAAAGGCAAACCUAAGAUAGAAGUCUAUGACAAGGAUCGAAAGAAGGGAGCUGGGGGAUUGAUAACUGCUGCCAAGACAUAUAAUCCUUCUGCGGAUUCUGUUCUCGGGCAAAUGACAAAUACCGCUGCUGACAAUGGUGAGGUCCCAAAGAAGAGGAAAGCAGAGGAGCCUACACCGACUGAGGAAGCUGUUGAGGCUCCUGCUACUAGUAAGAAGGAGAAGAAGAAAAAGGAAAAGAAAGAGAAGAAGAAAGUUGAUGAGGCAGAAACGGCCGUGCCAAUUGAUGGGAAUGAGCAUGCCGAAGAAGAAGAGGCGGGGACAAAAGAAAAGAAGAAGAAGAAGAAGAAGAAACAUUCGGAUGUGGAUGCUGUGGCACAGAACGGGGAUGAGAAUGUUGAUUCCAUUGAGAAGGAGGAGGAGAAGAAGAAGAAGAAGAGAAAACAUGCUGAACAAGAAGAAUCAGCUGAAUUGCCGAGCAAGACUAAAAAGAAAAAGAAGAAAAGCGAGGAUUGAAUAGGUCUGGAUGGCAACCAAACAAUUUUGGUUAAAAUUAGGUGGAAAAUCGGUACUUUUAUCUGUAAAAUAACAUUUUCAUUGCUUUUUCCUGUUUCUAUUGUUGGGUAUUUAAGUUUUUUGUAGUGCAUUCUCUAACAUCUGUGGACAUGAAUGCACGAAGUUGAUUUGGAAGAGGAUGACAGAAUUAAUAUUUGGCGAUAUUACUUGAAUGAAUCGAUAAUGGUUUCUGGUUUA